UGACGUGACAGCUUAUGACGGGGUGUACUCAGCCUACUUCACAAAAUUUAAUGGCAAAGGGCGCUACGCCGUCGUCAUUCGGGUAUAUGACAACGGCUCGGCUGAGAUCGCUACUGGACGCUUCCCAUCUCGAGGAAUUCCGCUGUACCCUCUACCUAAAGGAAAGGCUCUCGGGAUUAUGAGAGAAUCAUUUCGAACAACUGCGUUUGAAACUGUGAUCGAGGGACCUCCGCACACUGCGACUUUACAACGUAGGCUGAAGCGUUCGGAACAGUUCCAGCGAGUCGCCAACGCUGGCUCAUUUCAAGCGAAAGCAAACUUCCAGCGGAAGAAAAUUCCACCCGGGACCAUCACAGAUCUAAAGGCGUCUGUCAUCAAAAGAACACGUGGACUGCCACUCAACACCACCCUGUCCUGGACAUGUCCUGGUGCUCACAUGGAUUCUGGACACGCCUCUCACGUCGAUAUUCGGUACAGCUUAAACGUCACCAACCUUCUUGAAGACUUCCAGUCAGCAGAAGUCAUCACGGAAUCAGAUAUCAGCACUGGAAAGUUGUCCCUCCUUUCUCCUGGCAGCAAGCAGAGGGUCACAAUUACAGUACCCCGAAAAGCAGUCGGAGCUAUGGUCAGAUCUAAGAAUGCUCCUAUUUACUUUGCAGCCCGUGUGUGGAAUCAGGAGAACAUAGCAUCCGAAACGUCCAACAUAGCAACUGCCUCUCGUCCUCCCCGAUGUUGCGUAGUAGAGCUCAUGGGCUUCUGUGUCCCCUGUCCACAACUCAGAAAAUGACAGCGUGUUGUGUCUAACGAAAGCAUGAACCGUUUGAACAACACGCUUUCCGAACCGUUGUAUUGGGGAACGGUGAACACGGGCGACGUUUCUCCGGUUCUUUUGCUUCCAAAGAACUUCGUGAAAUUUGGAUUCCUCUGCUUCACGUGAGCAAGAAUUAACGCAGGAUGGGUCACUGUAAUUAUUUUUACGGGCUUACAUGACUUUAGAAGGGGUUAGCUAGCCGCUGCAAAAGAGAGUCUGGCCCCAGAAGUGCGAGAACCACUGCUGUCCCACUGGUGUCACUCCGUUAUUCUUCUGUCUUGUGUAAAAUAAAGUUGUG